AACAUAGAGAGACCGCAUCACACAGAUCUUUCAGCAUUCCACAGCAUUCCCAGCAGGGAGACGAGGAGAAAUAAAGAUCCAGAAGACAUCUGGAGGAGAAAGGGGGAGGAACGGACUGGCAGCAAGAGUUCGGUGAAGAAAGAAGGACCAGAAUAGGACAACAUUUGUGACAAAGUUAGAAGAGGACCUAUUGCAAGAACAUUUUGUGCAUGUAUGUGAUGGCCUUGGAGGUCUACCAUCCAGCCUUACGAGAAUCUGUGGCCCCUGACUCUGAGGACGAGGGCUAAAGACUCCAAUCGCCCCAGAAAACAUCCUCAAAACACAAGAAUGAGUGGCGAUGUCCUCUAGCUAAACUUUCACUGUGCAAGUGUGUGCGUGUACUUGGGAGUGGAUUUUUGUUGGAGUUGCAGGAUUUUGGACACUCCGGCGGGCUUGGGGGUACUGUGAGUGGCCCAGCCCAGGCGCAGCAGGUACAGCGGGGGGCGUAUGGCCGUGCGCAGGCUGGUGGUGGUGGCGGCAGCGGUGGCCCUGCUUUCUCUGGUGCUCAAUAACUUGGCCACAUUUAGUUCCAACUGGGUGCUGCAGGUGCUGGAGGAUGGGCGGCGGCGAAGCGUCGGGCUCUGGAGAGUGUGUCCGCAUGAGGAUACGCAUGCUCACACACUCACACCCUGUCAGAGGCUCAGCUGGGGAUCGGACCUCGCAGGGUACCGGGAAUCACGCAGCACUGUCAAACUUCAGUUUGAUAUGAUGCGUGCGUGUAACCUGAUGGCUACGGUGGCUCUGACAGUGGGUCAACUGAUCUUCCUGUUUGGGUUAUUGGAGAUAAGUCACAUUAACCAGGAUUCUCAGUGGUGGGAGGAGGCCAUCGCUGCCCUGUUCCAGUUAGCCAGUUUUGUGCUGGUGAUCGGUCUCGUGACGUUCUACAGGAUUGGACCGUACACGCACCUGUCCUACUCAUGCUAUAUCAACAUUGCCGCAUGCCUGUUCGCAACGCUAGCAGCUGCCAUGCUAAUCUGGAAUAUUCUGCAUCGCCGUGAAGACUGUCUGUCACCACCUGUCAUUGUCAUCAGACGAUCUUUGACCACGCCCUUCAGGCCACGCCUUGAUAAUGACUAUGUGGAGUCACCGUGCUGACGGGUAAAGAUAAUGCACCCGUUUGAGACAAAAAGACACAAUGGAUAUUUGCAUGAGAGGGAUACAAACGCAUGAGGACAGGAUUUUGUUUUCAGGAUUUCUAUACGAAAUGGAACUCCUGGAACUUUGCAGACACAUGAUUACUUCUCUUUAGUGUAAAGAUGAAGGAAAUUAUUUUCGUACUAAAUGGAAUAUUUACGAAACUCAUUUAAACACGGAAGUAGGACUGUGGAUGUCGCGGCAAAGAUUUAUGAGGAAUAAAUCUGACCGCGGAUAGAGAUCAAGCUGGAUCUUGACACGUUUAUGUUCAUGAGUGCACUUAUGAAAAAGUAGAAGCACAUUUGUAUGCACAUGUAUCUAAUAUAGUUCUUCGAAACAUAAAGCACCAAUUUUAGAUUUUUAAAAAAAAAUAGAUUUUCAAAAUGUCAGGCACUGCAUUGAAUACAAUAUGGUCAAAUUCUUUAUCAUCAAUUAAUGCAUUGGCUAUCAUGAGCAAACAAUGAAUUAAUGCAUUUUUACAUAAUUUAUUAAUCUUGGUAAAUGUUAAUUUGUAAAUAUACUUUUAUUAAUUGUUAAUUCAUGUUAGUUCAUAAUGUACUGACUAAUAAUAAAAAAAUCUAUUAAUAUAUUUAGAAAUUAAUAUUUACCAAGACUAAUAAAUGUGGUAACACUUUACAAUAAGGCUGUAUUUGUUAAUAUCAGAACUACAUUAGUUAACAUGAACUAACAAUGAACAAUAAUUUUACAGCACCUAUUAAUCUGGAUUCAUUUUACGUACAACAUAUCCUAAAACAUUUUUUAAAAGUUAAAAGUUGCGCAUUUUAACAUUAGUUCACUGUUGGUUCAUGUUAGUUCAUAACGCAUUAACUAUAGUAUAUUUAUAAAUUAACAUUAACCAAGAAUAAUAAAUUAUGCAAUAAAAUAUUGUUAUUUGUCAGUUUGUAAUACCUAACAUGCAGUAACUAGUGUUUAAAAAAUACAACCUUAUUGUAGUGUAAGUAUUACCAUAAAUGCUGUAAAAGUACUGUUCUUUGUUAGUUUAUGUUAAUUAUUGUGUUAACUGUUAACAAAUAUAAACUUAUUGUAAGGUGUUACCAAUUUAUUUAUUUUUUGCUGAUUGUGAGAGAAGAUCUGUAUAAUUCUGAAGAAUGGAUUUGAAAAGGUGAAUCUCAUGGAAACAUUUGGUCAGAUUUCAUCCCAAAAUCAACAGAAAAAAGUAAGAAGUUAUGUUUUGCAUAAAGAUAACAUUUUAUGCAUUGUGACAUUAUUUAUGUUCUCAUUGCCAUAAUGCAUUUAGAUGUUUACAUUUAGAGUUGUUUUCAACUCUCAUUUCUCAUUGAAAUCUCACAACUGUAGAACAGUAAUUGUUAUUUAACGAUUUUUACUAUAUUAUAACACAAUGAUUUUUAUUAACAACAUCAUACAUUAUUCAUAAUUGCAGUAUUUGUUGUACUGUUUUCUUUUUUAAUUCUUUACCAAUUAAUGAAGCAGAGCAGGAACUACAAGGCUGCUUUGACUGCACUGAUUGGAGUGUUUUUGAAGCUGCAGCCACAGACCUGGAUGAGCUCACAGAUACUGUGACAUCAUAUAUCAGUUUCUGUGAGGAUAUGUGCAUCCCUACUAGGACAUUUUAAUCAUAUAAUAACAAUAAACUAUGGUUUACAGGAAAACUCAGACAGAUUCGUCAUGCCAGAGAGGAUGCUUACAGAAGUAGGGAUAAAAUAUUGUACUACCAGGCCAGAAACACACUGACAAAGGAAAUCAUUGUGUCUAAAAGAAGCUACUCUGAAAAGCUGAAAAAACAGUUUUCAGCCAACGAUCCUGCAUCUGUGUGGAAAGGCCUGAAAAGAAUGACCAAGUAUAAGACACCUCCCCCUCGCUGUGUAGAGAGUCAACUAAUGGCUGAUGAACUGAAUGUGUUUUACUGCAGGUUUGAAAAGCCCAGUCUCACACCCCUCCCCCACUCUAAUCUUCACACACACACACACACACACACACACACAAACACCUCCUGGAACCACCCUCCUGCUACUCAACCUGCACUUAUGGCCUGUGAGGAGGAUGUGUGCCGGGUCUUCCGGAAACAAAAUACUAGGAAAGCUUCAGGACCAGACGGUGCCUGUCUGAAAGUCUGCACUGACCAACUGGCCCUCAACUUCACAUAGAUCUUCAAUAGAUCACUGGAGCAGUUUGAAGUUCCCUGCUGCUUCAAACGCUCCACCAUCAUUCCGGUCCCCAAAAAACCCAAAAUCACAGGACUUAAUGACUACCGACCUGUCGCUCUCACGUCUGUGGUCAUGAAGUCAUUUGAGAGACUGGUUUUGGUCUACAUGAAGGACAUUACUGGACCCCUGCUAGACUCCCUUCAGUUUGCUUACUGAGCAAACAGGUCUGUAGAUGAUGCAAGGAUCCUAUUUAUGGACUUCAGAUCAGCCUUCAAUACCAUCAUGCCUAAUCUUCUCUCAACCAAACUGACCUAGCUCUCCCUGCCAACCACAAUCUGUCAGUGGAUCAACAGCUUUCUGACAUAUAGGCAGCAGCUAGUGAGACUGGGGAAAAUAACAUCCGGGACCCUCACUAUUAGCACUGGUUCUCCUCAGGGAUGCGUUCUCUCUCCACUGCUCUUCUCCAUGUACACGAAUGAUGGCACUGCAAAGGACCCCUCUGUCAAGCUCCCGAAGUUUGCAGACUGCACCACGGUCACUGGCAGUCACAACAAUCUUGAGAUGAACAUGCUCAAAACAGUGGAGAUGAUAAUAGACUUCAGGAGAAAUCUGCACCCCCCCACCCCAUCCCACCCCACCCCACCAGCACUGUGGCAGCAGUGGAGUCAUUCAGGUUCCUGGGCUCUACCAUCUCUCAGGACCUGAAGUGGGACACCCACAUGGACUCCAUUGUGAAGAAGGCGCAGCAGAGGCUGUACUUCCUUCACCAGCUGAGGAAGUUCAACCUGCCACAGGAGCUGCUGACAUGGUUCUCCUCAGCCUUCACUGAGUCUGUCCUGUGCACUUCAAUAACUGUCUGGUUUGGUUCAGCCACCAAAUCAGACAGAAGGAAACUACAACAGACAGUCAGGACUGCUGAAAGGAUUAUUGGUGCCCCCCUGCCCACCCUCCAAGACCUGUAUGUCUCCAGAGUGAGGAAACGUGCAGUUAGAAUCACUCUGGACCCCACACACCCUGCCCACUCCCUUUUUGAACUGUUGCCCUCUGGCCGGCGCUCUCAGUGCCAGGACAGCCAGGCACAAGAACAGUUUUUACCCUCAGGCCAUUUACUACAUGAACAAUUAAACUGCCUUCAGGACUCCCCAUAGUGCAAUAAUGUAAAUAAAUAUCUCAUGUACAUAUGUAAAUUCACUCAUAUUUAAUUCAAUAACUGUACAUACCCCUACCUUGCACAUACAUUACCACUUGCACAUGUACAUACGCCAUUCUAUGUUAUAUGUCCUAUUUUUUUUUUUUUUUUUUUGUAUGUCUAUUUAUACUCUUAACUUGUUUUAUUUCUGUCUCACUGAAAUGUUCUGUGUGCACUUGCCUGUUUCUUUUAUCACCAAAAAAAACAUUCCUUGUGUAUGUGAGCACACUUGGCAAUAAAGCUCAUUCUGAUUCUGAAAUAACAUAUAACAUUUUUGCCAUUACACCAAGUAAAAAGUUGGAUAGGUUCUCUACUUGUCAUGAAAAUAAUGUCACAAUGCAAAAAAAUAGAUAAAUAAAUAUUAUUAUUUUGGGCUGAAAUAUGACCCAAACAUCCCAUGACUCUUUGCUAAGCUCUACCCCCUUGGUUACCUUUGCAUUAAUUUCCCAUAGGAAUGAACGGUGCGGUUUUUGGCAAAAUAUUCUCAUAAAUGUAAUUGAUAAUAUUCUUACGUGGGCUAGAAUGAAGGGUGACAUUUUAAAGCAUACAGUAUCUGAUGUUUUUUGUAAAAGAAAUGGUUAAAUUAUACAGUAAUUUGACUGAAAACUGUGGAGACUGUGAAUCAGAAUCAAGGCAAACGAUCACAGUCACUUGAAAAGAGAAAAGCGUCUUUAAAUUGUGAUUCCACACCUGAUAACAUUAGAGUAAGUGAACAGAACCGUUUAUAACACACUCUCUAUGACACUGUGAACUCUUUAUUUACUAAUUGCCUUAACUGAUUGAUGUAUCGAUUCAGGUCUUAGUAAAGUUAUUAGAAUGAAUUUAUCUUGAAGCAAAUAUAGGUGUCGUCACUGAUGUUAAACUGUGUCAGCCCUCAUUCCCAAAUACACAUGUAUAAUCCGUAACAUGCUCUUCUCGAGAUAUAUUUAAAGAUUUAAAAAAAAAAAAAAACCUGUGUAUCCUCUCUAGGGACCUUGUGUCACUAUUGCAAGUGACCCAGCAACGUUUUCUUUCUUUUCUUUUUUUUUUUUUUGGAUCAUUUCUAUAAAAUCCUGCUUAAUACUACUCAAACACACAUUACUCCCGUAGACUCUCAUUGGAAAAAAUCAAGCGCUUGUCAGAGAAAUGCCGUAUGCCAACAGUGUCUAACAUAGGAUUGGUCAGAAAUGCUUUUAAGGCGGGGCUUAGCGAAAGGUCAAUUCUGUGGAAAUCUGUGGGAGCACAUUCUGUGCAGGCCUGGCCAUUUUGUACCAAAAAUGAUCUGAAUGGCUUCUGUCUGCUUAUUCAUCUCCAUUCAUACAUGAAUUCUAAUAACAUCAGAUGAAUUGUCAAGAUUAGAAACUCUCCCAAAUAAUUUCAGCAAAGAAGACAUUCCAAGGAGAUGAUCUGAAAUUUAGCAUAACUUUAUCAAAGACAAACAUAUGAAAUGUUGGAAUGAAAUAAGAUCAGUAUACAAAAGACAACAUUUGCUGACCUGUGCCUGUGGUACCCGUACUGUAUAUAUACUGUAUAUACGUUUAUAAUACAGAGCUAUAUUGAGUGUGUUCUUAAAAUCACAUUUCACUCUAGACAGGGCUGAUAAGUGUAAUAAUAAAUAAAAACAUAAACCCAU